AUGUGUAAAAGUUCCUGGCAUGUUUCUCGUUUCUUUUCUUUUUCUCUCUCGUUUCUUUUCUUUUUUUCUCUCUUGUUUCUUUUCUUUUUUUUCUCUCUCGUUUCUUUUCUUUUUUUUCUCUCUUGUUUUUUUCUUUUUUUUCUCUCUUGUUUUUUUCUUUUUUUUCUCUCUUGUUUUUUUCUUUUUUUUCUCUCUUGUUUUUUUCUUUUUUUUUCUUCUUUUUCUUUUCUUUUUUUCUCUCUUGUUUCUUUUCUUUUUUUUUCUCUCGUUUCUUUUCUUUUUUUUCUCUCUUGUUUCUUUUCUUUUUUUUUCUCUCUCGUUUCUUUUCUUUUUUUUCUCUCUCGUUUCUUUUCUUUUUUUUCUCUCUCGUUUCUUUUCUUUUUUUUCUCUCUCUCGUUUCUUUUCUUUUUUCUCUCUCUCGUUUCUUUUUUUUUUUUUUCUCUCUCGUUUCUUUUUUUUUUUUCUCUCUCUCGUUUUUUUUUUUUUCUCUCUCGUUUCUUUUUUUUUUUUCUCUCUCGUUUCUUUUCUUAUUUCUCUCUCGUUUCUUAUUUCUCUCUCUCGUUUCUUUUCUUUUUUUUCUCUCGUUUCUUUUCUUUUUUUUCUCUCGUUUCUUUUCUUUUUUUUCUCUCGUUUCUUUUCUUAUUUCUCUCUCUCGUUUCUUUUCUUUUUUUUCUCUCGUUCCUUUUCUUUUUUCUCUCGUUUCUUUUCUUUUCUUUUUUCUCUCUUCCAGGUGAAGAGAAUGAAACAGUCCGGUCGUCCUCUUGUACCAGUUGCAAGACCCCAAGUCCGUGCUGCACCACUACGUGUACUUCCUGUCCCUGUAAAGAUAAUGCAUGUGUCUCAUCAUCUGUUGCCCCGGCCAGCAGUCGAGCAGCAUCAUUGGCCCCGGGGUCAUCACCUCACUCGUUGCCGCCGCUCUACGUAGGUCAUCACCGUUCACACCAUCGGCUGAAUGAGGCUGUUCACAGUGGUCGGGCUGAUAGCAAGGAGAUGGAUGCACCUGAAGGGAGUGCUGUUAACACACCCCCUUACACGGAGACGGAUGCUACAACGCCCCCGUACCUUAAAUGGGCAGAAAAUUUGGACUAUCUGUUAGUUGAUAGCGAUGGGGUGAGCCUUUUUCAGACGUUUCUUACGCAGGAACAUGGUGCUGCGACUACUUUGGAGUUCUGGUUUGCAUGCCAGGGCUUGAAGAAUCGAGCACGGUCAGCAGAGGAAAUUCCUCACCUCAUCAAAGUGAUUCACAAAAAGUUUCUCCGUGGGGAUUCUAUACCGUUCAUUAGCAUGGAGACUAAGAAGGAGCUCGCCGAGCGCUUGAAAAAGUCAGUAACGUUGGAUCAGUCUGUCUUUGACAGUGCGCAGGAGGAAGUAUUGAACUAUAUUCGAAUAAUACAUACCCUUUAUUUUAAAGUCCGAUCUGUACAUUAUAAUCGUGCAGCAAGGGGGAAAAGUCCAAAGGGAAGUAGUAAUUCGUCCAGUGGUUCAAACAGUAUCGCCCGUGUCCGUGCCGCUUCCCACCUACCUGAAGAUCAGGAACUGAAUACCAACACAGUUUCGCAAUCCCAUUCUGUGAUUCCAGGACCCUUAGUGAAACCGCCCAGUAGUUGUAGAUAUUCUCGUCCAGAGUCUUCAUGGCGAACAGAAACGAUAACUGGGUAA